UCAGCCAGAGCAAAAGCGAUUGAGAAACUUUAAAAGCUUUAUUUCGCGGCUUGCUCUGACGUCCUGCACUGCAAGACAGCGCUACAAGGAUCCUGAGUGCACGUGAAGCUCCUGUGAACCAAAUUUUUAGGAAAGAGCAAUGGAGAUUGGAUGGAUGAGAAAUCUGAGACAAAGGCAAGUCCUAGUUUUCUUUGUUUUGUUGAGCUUGUCUGGGGCGGACCCUGAGCUGGGGCCCUAUUCUGUAGUGGAAGAAACGGAGAAAGGCUCCAUAGUGGCAAAUCUAGGGAAAGACUUGGGAUUGGAUUUGGCAGAGAUGUCCACGCGCGGGGCUCGGAUCAUUUCCCAGGGAAACAAAGAGAAUUUGCGGCUGAAGGUUCAAACUGGGGAUCUGGUCAUAAAUGAGAAACUAGAUCGAGAGGAGCUGUGUGGUUCCAUUGAGCCUUGUAUUCUACAUUUCCAAGUGUUAAUGGAAAAACCCUUAGAGAUAUUUCAGGCUGAACUGAGGGUGCAAGACAUAAAUGACCACUCUCCCGUGUUCACUGAAAGAGAAAUGAUUCUAAAAAUACCAGAAAAUAGUCCCCUAGGAAAUGCAUUCCCUCUGAGUAAUGCUCUGGAUUUGGAUGUAGGAAGCAAUAAUGUUCAGAACUAUAAAAUCAGCCCGAACUCCCAUUUCCACGUUCUAACCCGGAGCCGCAGCGAUGGCAGGAAGUACCCUGAGCUGGUACUGGAAAAAGAGCUGGAUCGGGAGGAGGAGCCUGAGCUAAGAUUCAGACUGACAGCUUUGGAUGGCGGCUCUCCUCCCCGAUCUGGAACCACACAGGUCCGAAUUGAAGUUGUAGACACCAACGACAAUGCACCUGAGUUUCAGCAGCCAAUCUACAAGGUGCAAAUUCUCGAGAACAGCCCCGUGGGCUCCCUGGUAGUCACUGUCUCUGCCAGAGAUUUAGAUAGCGGAGUCAACGGAAAAAUAUUGUACACACUCUUUCAGCCUACGGAAGAUAUUAGCAAAACUUUAGAGGUAAAUCCUAUGACAGGAGAAAUUCGACUGAGAAAACAAGUAGAUUUUGAAAUGGUCCUGUCUUAUGAAGUGGACAUUAAGGCCACUGAUGGAGGAGGUCUUUCUGGAAAAUGCACUCUUCUCCUGCAGGUGGUGGACGUGAAUGAUAAUCCCCCAGAAGUGACAAUGUCUGCCCUCACCAGCCCCAUUCCAGAAAACUCCACAGACAUAGUAGUUGCUGUUUUCAGUGUUGCAGAUCAUGACUCAGGGAACAAUGGAAAGACUACUGCCUCCAUCCAGGAAGACCUUCCCUUUCUUCUAAAACCUUCAGGCAAGAACUUUUACACCUUGGUAACAGAGAGAGCACUAGACAGAGAAGAAAAAGCAGAGUACAACAUCACCAUCACAGUUUCAGACAUGGGGACUCCCAGGCUGCAAACGGAGCACAGCAUAAGCGUGCAGGUGUCCGACGUGAACGACAACGCCCCGGCCUUCACGCACACCUCCUACACCCUGCGGGUCCGCGAGAACAACGGCCCCGGCCUGCACAUAGGCAGCGUGAGCGCCACAGACAGGGACGCGGGCACCAACGCCCAGCUCACCUACUCGCUGCUGCCGCCCCCAGAGCCGCACCUGGCCCUCGCCUCGCUCGUGGCCAUCGACGCGGACAGCGGGCAGCUGUUCGCCCUGAGGCCGCUGGACUACGAGGCCCUGCAGGCCUUGGAGUUCCGCGUGGGCGCCGCCGACCGCGGCUCGCCCGCGCUCAGCAGCCAGGCGCUCGUGCGCCUGCUGGUGCUGGACGCCAAUGACAACUCGCCCUUCGUGCUGUACCCGAUGCAGAACGCCUCUGCGCCCUGCACCGAGCUGCUGCCCAGGGCGGCCGAGCCGGGGUACCUGCUCACCAAGGUGGUGGCGGUGGACGGCGACUCGGGCCAGAACGCAUGGCUGUCCUACCAGCUGCUCAAGGCCACGGAGCCCGGGCUCUUCAGCGUGUGGCCGCACAAUGGCGAGGUGCGCACCGCCAGGCCGCUGAGCGAGCGCGACGCGCCCAAGCACAGGCUGCUGGUGCUGGUCAGGGACAAUGGCGAGCCGCCGCUGUCUGCCAGCGUCACGCUGCACGUGCUGCUGGUGGAUGGCUUCUCCCAGCCCUACCUGCCGCUGCAGGAAGCGGCGGCCGAGCAGGGACGGGGCGACGCGCUCACCUUGCACCUGGUGGUGGCCUUGGCGUCGGUGUCGUCGCUCUUCCUCUUGUGUGUGCUGGUGUUCGUGGCGGUGCGGCUGUGCAGGAGGAGCAGGCCGGCCUCUCUGUCUGGCUGUGCGGUGCCCCAGGGCCACUUUCCGGGCCACCUGGUGGACGUCAGCGGUGCGGGGACCCUGUCCCACAGCUACCAGUAUGAGGUGUGUCUGAUGGGAGGUACUGGGACAAAUGAGUUCAAAUUCCUGAAGCCAGUUAUCCCCAGUCUGUCACCCCAGUGUCCUGGGAAAGAAAUAGAGGAAAUUCCUAGUUUCCGCAAUAGUUUGGGAAUUAAUUAUUGA